CUCUCUCUCUCUCUCUCUCUCUGUGCGAACUUUUUACAUCUAUUUCUGUAGAAUUUUCUAUAUCCAACACUUGUUGAGAAGACUGCUUAGAGGUUGUAGGUAUCAUCGAAUAUUACACGUACGCACUUGCAAAUUCCUCUGCCUUCUCUCCUUCAUUCCCACCUUUUUCUUUCACCCUGUAACUAAAUUCAGCUGAGCCCAUGCGAUUUUCUGUUCAAAUUGUUAUUUAAAUAUUGGAUCUUUUGAGUUUUAGGCCCUUGGAUUCGAUUCUCUCAUCUGGGUCGAUUUCUUUUGGUCAAUUUGAUUGAAGGAUAGUGCGGAAUCUCAUCACGGUUAGGUUCUAAUUACUCAAAAAACCCUUGGAUUUGAUUCUCUGAUCUGGGUCGUUUUUCUUGGUCAACUUUGAUUAAAGAGAAAGUGAACCACCAUGAAAGAGGGGAAGUUAGGGUUUAUAGUUUGUGUUUGGUUUUUGUUUAUGUAUGGAUCCAGCUUGGGUAGAUUCGUGGUUGAGAAGAACAGCUUGAGGGUGACUUCACCUGAUAGCUUAAAAAAUACAUACGAAUGUGCAAUCGGUAAUUUUGGUGUUCCUCAGUAUGGAGGAACAUUAACUGGUUUUGUUCGUUAUCCAAAGACCAAUCAAAAAGCAUGCCAAACCUUUGAUUCUUCUCUGAAAUCCGAAGUUGCUGGUGGCCUUCCCCUUUUUGUUCUUCUUGAUCGUGGCGAAUGUUACUUUACACUAAAGGCAUGGAACGCACAGAAGGCUGGAGCUGCAGCCAUUCUUGUUGCAGAUGACAGACCUGAACCUUUGAUCACCAUGGAUAUGCCUGAAGAGGAAAACGCACAUGUUGAUUACUUGCAAAACAUAUCCAUUCCUUCAGCACUCAUCAGCAUGUCACUUGGGGAUUCAAUAAAGAAAGCUUUAACCAACGGCGAUAUGGUAAAUAUAAAACUUGAUUGGACAGAAGCUCUCCCUCACCCUGAUGAGCGUGUAGAGUAUGAAUUUUGGACAAAUAGCAAUGAUGAGUGUGGAUCCAAGUGUGAUAGCCAAAUAGAAUUCGUCAAGAACUUUAAAGGCGCCGCUCAGAUACUUGAACGAAAAGGUUACACUCAGUUCACACCACAUUAUAUUACUUGGUAUUGCCCAGAGGCUUUCACUUUGAGCAAACAAUGCAAAUCCCAAUGUAUUAACCAUGGAAGAUAUUGUGCUCCUGAUCCCGAGCAAGAUUUUAGUAAAGGGUAUGAUGGGAAGGACGUUGUUGUCCAAAAUUUACGACAGGCUUGCUUCUACAAAGUGGCAAAUGAGACUGGAAAGCCUUGGCUUUGGUGGGAUUAUGUGACGGACUUUUCUAUCCGAUGUCCAAUGAAAGACAAGAAGUACACCAAAGAGUGUGCAGAUGAAGUUGUCAAGUCGCUUGGAGUCGAUCUGAAGAAAAUAGAUGAAUGUGUGGGUGAUACAGAAGCAAAUGUGGAUAACCCAGUCCUCAAGGCUGAGCAAGAAGCACAGAUAGGCAAAGGUUCACGUGGGGAUGUGACAAUUCUGCCGACUCUUGUGAUAAACAACAGACAAUAUAGGGGUAAGCUUGGCAAACAAGCAGUUCUGAAGGCCAUUUGCUCAGGAUUCGAGGAGACCACCGAGCCCGCCCUUUGUUUAAGCGAUGAAAUAGAAACAAAUGAGUGUUUAGACAACAAUGGUGGUUGCUGGAUGGACAAAGCUGCUAAUAUUACCGCAUGCAGGGAUACUUUCAGAGGAAGAGUAUGUGAAUGCCCCAUUGUGCAGGGUGUAAAGUUUGUUGGUGAUGGUUAUAAACACUGUGAAGCUUCAGGAGCACUGCGUUGUGAAGUUAACAAUGGAGGCUGUUGGAAAAGCACCCAGCUGGGCAGGACCUACUCUGCUUGUAUUGAUGACCAUACAAAAGGUUGCAAGUGUCCACCGGGUUUCAAAGGAGACGGGGUUAACAGUUGUGAAGAUAUUGAUGAAUGCAAAGAGAAGACGGCAUGCCAGUGUCCCCAGUGCAAAUGCAAGAAUACAUGGGGUAGUUAUGAGUGUAGCUGCGGUGGCAAUUUGCUCUACAUGAGAGAACAUGACACAUGUAUAAGUAAAGACGGUAAAUCUCAAGUUAGCUGGGGAUUUGUGUGGGUCAUUAUUCUUGGUUUGGCAGUUGCGGGUGCUGCAGGAUAUGCAUUCUACAAGUACAGGAUCCGAACGUACAUGGAUUCUGAGAUCCGGGCUAUCAUGGCACAAUACAUGCCAUUGGACAACCAGGCGGAGGUUGAAGUUCACGGGUCGCAUGGGAACGUGUAAACCAAGGCAUAGAUGCAGCAACGAGAAACAAACCGAGAGAAGAGGUGCACCGAGUUUAAAGAUCCACGACCAUCCUUUAUGUAACUAAAGGGUUGUGAUUUGUUUGGUUUUCCAUGCUUGUAUCUGUGUAUAUGUCGACAUCAUCUUGAUGCAUACAAACUCUCGGUAUGUUCCCGUUGACAAAAUCUUUGUGAUUGGAGGUUUUUAUUUAUUUAGUUAUGUUGGCAUGUUAAAAUAAAGCCAUUUUAACCUUUGUGGAUGAUGCUCGGAUUUUUAACGUGUAUUUACUCCGGUAUUUGAUUG